AUGCACAUGAUCGAGAGAAAAAAACAAACAUGCUCUCAUGUCACCAUAGGCAUCAUCUCUUCAAAUUCAAUAAAUUGGCCGGUUCCUGAAAUGGCCAAUAACCACCCUCAAUUCACAGGCGCACAGCCUUUUCGGCCUCGUAUGAUCAGUCCUAUUGGUCCUCCUCCAAGUCCUGUGCCGCCCAUCUCAAUGCAAUUUCGACCGGUGGUUCCACCACCUCCGCAGCCAUAUCUUCCAAUGCCAUCUCAACAGUUUCAGCCCGUUGGAGUUUCAAACUUAGGGAUGCCUCCUCACCCUUCGCAUAUCCAGUUCCCUCAACCAGUGCCACCACCACCUGAAAGACCUGGGCUAGCAGGACAUGUCUUGCCACAACCACCGCCGAUUCCACCGCCAAAUUUCCAGCCAAAUAAUUUUACGUCUGUCCCGCCACAGCCUCAGCAUCAUGUGCCGAUUUCAAGUAAUUUUGUGCCUAGUUUUGGUGGCCCCAGGAUCCCCCUUUCUUCUUCAUACAAUUUAUCCUCAUCAUCUUCUGGCCCACAACAAAUAAAUGCGGAUUCCACAACUCAGCACCAGCCAAUGUCCCAGACGAAUAACCCCAGUUUUCCUACUGGAGGACAACCUUGGUUUCCAAUUGGGAAUCAAAACAUUCAAUCUGUCCUGCCAUCUCAGCAGACUGGGGAGCAAAGUGCUGGGGAUCAGCCUUGGUACUCAACCGGGGAUCAGAACAUAAAGUCUGUAGUGGCUUCGGGGCAGACAGGUGAACAAAAUUCUGGUGGACAAUUUUGGUUUUCAUCUGGGAAUCAAAACAUGAAAUCUGGUACUCCUGAGCAGACCGGGAAACAAAGUGCUGACAUUGCGAAUUCCGAAAAGAUCCAGCCCGACCCUUUUGAAAAAGCUUCAUCAGUGUGGAUACAACAUACUGCGCGUAAUGGGAAAAAAUAUUAUUACAGCAGAAGGACGGGGCUUUCUACAUGGGAAAAGCCUGUGGAGUUGAUGACGGAAAUUGAAAGGGCAGAUGCAUCUACUGACUGGAGAGAAUUCACAACUCCUGAGGGAAGAAAGUUUUACUAUAAUAAUGUUACCAAAAAAUCCAAAUGGGCGAUUCCAGAUGAACUGCAGUUGGCUCGAAAAAGAGCAAAGGUGGAUUCAUAUGAAGGAACACCAACAGUAAAGGAUGUAAAUUCUAAUUCUUCAGCUGAUGUCACUGUUUGUGGGGUCAAAGCAUCAAACCACAAUGCAAAUAAUUCACCUUUCCCAGCUGAUAAUGUUGAAUCAAGUCCAAUUCCAGUUGUACCUGCAGCUAAUCCACAAUGCAUAGUGAUUUCUGGGUCAUCAAGCAUACCUCGGGAAGUUGCUUCUGAGAAAGCAGAUGCAACUGGACUGCAAAUGACUUCUGAAGCUACAACACUAACUGCUGUCUCUGACACAGCUGGGACUACUCAGGCCAACACACCAAUGAGAACCUCUGAUAAUACGCUAUCUCAGGAUGCCCCAACUUCUACUGCAGAUGCAACUUCUCCAGGGAAUAUAGAGGAAGCAAUGGAAAGUGAAGGAAUUUCUAGAAGUGGAAGCAUUAAUGCACCAGAAGAGAAAAAUGAAGAUCAGGGACCUACAGUCUAUGAAAGUAAACUGGAGGCAAAGAAUGCAUUUAAAGUUCUUCUGGAAACAGCAAAUAUUGGGCCUGACUGGACUUGGGAUCAGGCCAUGAGAGCAAUAAUAAAUGAUCGAAGAUAUGGUGCUCUAAGAACCCUUGGAGAGCGAAAACAAGCUUUCAAUGAGUUUAUGGGACAGAAGAAAAAACAGGAAGCUGAAGAGAGGCGUGUUAGGCAGAAAAAAGCACGGGAAGACUUCAAAAAAAUGUUGGAAGAGUCUAAAGAUCUGACAACAUCAAUAAGAUGGAGCAAAGCAAUAUCUAUUUUCGAAAAUGAUGAACGUUUCAAAGCUGUUGAACGAGCUAAGGAUCGUGAGGACCUCCUUAAAGACUUUAUGGAGGAACUUGGGAAAAAGGAGCGGGCUAAGGCAUUGGAGGAGCAGAAACACCAUAGAGUUGAAUAUAUAGAAUUUUUGAAAUCGUGUGACUUUAUCAAGGCAAGCAGCCAGUGGCGAAAAGUUCAAGAUCGCUUAGAAGCCGAUGAAAGAUGCUCCCGCCUUGAAAAAAUUGAACGCUUGGAAAUCUUUCAAGAGUACAUACGUGAUUUAGAGAAAGAAGAAGAGGAACAAAGAAAAUUACGAAUGGAGGAAAUGAGGAAGGCUGAACGUAAAAAUCGUGAUGAAUUCCGGAAGCUGAUGCACGAGCACGUUGCUAAUGGCAUACUCACCGCCAAAACUCAUUGGCGUGACUAUUGCAUGAAGGUUAAAGAUUCACCUGCAUAUCUGGAGGUCUCUUCAAAUACUGCAGGCUCUACAGCAAAAGAUCUAUUCGAAGAUGUCAUAGAGGACCUUGGAAAGCAGUACGAUGAUGAUAAGUUGCAGAUAAAAGAUGAAAUAAAGAUGAAAAAGAUUUCCUUGUCAUCCACCUUGACUCUUGAAGACUUCAAGGCUGCAAUUCUGGAGGACAUUAGCACACCAGGAAUAUCAGAUAUCAACUUAAAGCUUAUAUUUGAUGAAUUACUAGAAAGAGCCAAGGAGAAAGAGGAAAAAGAAGCUAAGAAGCGUAAACGUCUUGCAGAUGAUUUAUAUGAUUUUUUAUAUUCUUCAAAGGAAAUUACUGCAUCUUCAAGAUGGGAGGAUUGCAAAUCACUUAUUGAAGAUAGGUUCACAGGGGAUGAAGGCUUUUUCCAGGAAAUCUUUGAUGAAGUGAUAACAGAACUAAAAGAGAAGUCAAAAGAGAAGGAGCGGAAGCGGAAGGAGGAAAAGGCCAAAAAGGAAAAAGAGAGAAAGGACAAGGAGAAGCGGAAGGAAAGGGAGAAGAGGAAUAGAGAGAAAGGAGUUGAUAGCAGAAAGGAGAGAGAGAGAGUUAAGAAAGAUGGAACAGAAAGUGAUGAAAGUGAGUCUUACAGUUUGGAAGAGCAUAGAAGGUCAGGAAGAGACAAGGAUAAGAAACAUGGGAAGCGGCAUAGGGAUUCUUUUGAUGAUAAUGAGAAAGAUCGGUUUAACUCUCACAGACGUAGCAUCGAGCACAAAAAAUCAAAGCAGACUUCAGACACAGAUUCUGAGAGCCAACACAAAAGACACAGGAGGGAUCGGAAGCAUUCUUAUAGGAGUAGUGAUCCCGAGGAGCAUAAAGAGACGGAACUUGGUGAGGAUGGAGAAGUUCGGCCUACCUAUUCUCGCAAUGCAAUCCAUCUUCUUAGGCCAUGGCGACAACAGAGGAAGCAACCUGCCUACUGUGGCCGGGCGGCUUGA